AAUAAGCAUUGCUUGACUUGAUGGGGACGCAUGGAGACGGGGUACCCCAACUAAUUCUCAGAAAUGUUAGCGUUUCCCUACUAUUAUUAUGUUAUAAUUAUAACGCUUAAUAAGUCUUGGGGACGCUAUUUUUCAAAGUCCCUAUUUUUUAAUUUUGCCAAGUCGAGGACUGAUAAUAAAUUAGGUUAGGUCAGGUUUUUACCCUGCAGUGUUCUAAUCCGGUAAGAUGGUAAACGGUAUGGACCAAGUAUAUCAGUGACGUGUGGGGUUCCACAUGGCCCAACCCUAUCGAAUUUCUUCUAUGAUGGCGUACUUCGGGUUCCCACUUCUGAGGGCGUCAAGCUUCUGGCUUUUGAGGACGAUGUUGCCGUCGUAUCUGUGGCCUACUACGCUGCGCUGGUAGAGGAAAUCAUGAACAAAACCCUGACUGGUAUCGACGGAUUGAUGACGAAUAAUGGACUCUCACUGGUCCCGGAGAAGUCUGAAUGCGUGAUUCUCACCGGGAAGCACGCAUUAAGUCUCCAUCAACCAGUCAUUAAAGGCUAUCGCCUACCAGUGAAGAAAGAUAUUGGGACAAUAAAUAUAUGGGACUCCAUAUUUCUCUCCUGGGUCACGAUUGCAAACGAAAAAAAAAGGUUUAAUCGAUACAGUACUGAGGAGACGAGAAUUUCCUCAAUAUCUCCUUUGUAUUCUGCGCUUCUAUCGAUCUAUAUAAAUUAAGACCGAUCCUUUGGGAUCCACAAAAUCCUCAAUAUAAAUUGGGCAAAAAAAAAAAUAGAUUUUUGGACGGAAAUAAGCAAGGGACUACAGCUAGAUGUAAAUGAAGUGAGGAAAAAGAUGGAUAGACUUUUAACUUCUUUCCGAAAAAAGAGGCAAUGUGAAGUUAACAGUGAACGUUCAAGAGCUGGAACAGACAAGAUUUAUCAUUCAAAAUGGUUUGCGUUUGAGGAAAUGAAGUUUUUGAAUGAUAAAUUUAAACCUGGGAUUACCAAAGAUACUGUUCAUGCCUAGCUGAAUUUGUAUCGCUGUUACGGAACUCAUCGACCUUUUGAUCCAUUCGUUCCGUAAAUCAUUUUAUACUUCCUCAUUCGUGUGCCCAAACCAAAACCGGGUUUUCGAACGAAAAACGUCUGCAAUGUGUCUGGUAGACCAUUUGAUGUAGACCAAACCCACUAUGGCUAAUUAUUACUGGAUUUUGUUGCUGGCUUUGCUAUGCUUUACAACUUUCGGUGUGUGGUUAACAACCAUCACCGUUUCUGUUCUCCUGGCAUUCCUCUACAGCUUAAUAUAUUUCACUUACCAUGCUGUGGAAGACGAAGCCAACGCAUACAUAGAAUCAUUGAAAACAGAUCCCGAUCAUCAUGUAUAUAGUUUCUUCAAUCCCGAAACCAUUUCUAAAAAAGAAACUUUUGAAGAAAAUAUAAGUUUAAGUGGUUCUGAGUAUAUAGAUCAACAGUUGUCUGACAUUAUGGAAUACAUUUUUAGGGACUAUGUGUAUCCAUGGUAUGAUAAAAUUAGUGAUGAUGAAGACUUUCCCAAUCAAUUGCAUAAUUCUGCUAGUUAUUUAAUCAGUUGUAUGGCCAAACGGUUACAACAAGUUGAUUUUCUACAGUUUGUGUGUACACAAUUAUCAGAAGAAGUUGCCAAACAUAUUCGAAUAUAUAGAAAAUCAUUGAAAGCUAUGGCUGCAAAAAAUUCUGAAGAAAUUGAUUUUGAAACUAUAUUCUUCCAACAUGAACAAGAUGUCGAUCGAUUGAAUACAUCACAUGCUAAUGUAUGCUUGGAUGAAAACUAUGAAAGAAAAUGGCUAAGGGAUAUAACUGAAGCACUUUUAUAUCAUCUUGCUCCUGAAAAUGAUUUCAGGUGUAAAACUAUUCGCAUUUUGAUAUGUGAAAUUAUAGCAAACAAAGUUUUUUUAACAACUAUUAAUAUGCUCAGUAAUCCAGAUUAUGUUAAUCAAUUAAUUAUAUGGCUGUGCAGUGACUAUCCAGUUACUAAUGAAACAUUUCUUACAGUAUUAAGAUCAACUAAGUCAACUCAACAAUUAAAUGCUGUUCAUAGUUUAGUCAACAAAGAAAUAAUGAAUCUGCGAUCAAGAGAUUCUGGCGAAUCAGAAAGCAGAGCAAAACAGCAAUUAAGUAGUCUUGUAUUUUUAUCCAAUUUGAUUAAAUCAAUUGUUAACAGUAUUCCUCAACAAUCGGAUCGAUCUCUAGACUUGUUAUUAUCAUUUGAGCAUUCCAUGUCCUCUCCGAAGAAUGAUUCAUUGUCUUUAAAAUGGAUUUUAGAAAGUAAAACGGCUUUGCCAUACUUUAUUGAUUAUUUAACAACUAUAAAUUGUGAUAGUUUUAUAUCAUUUUAUAUGAAUAUUGAUGGUUGGAAACAAUUUGUUCAUGAUCAAAUGCAAACUGUUAGUGGUGAUCCUAAUCAAUAUUCAUCAUCUGAUCUAGCAACAGUGGAUCAUAUUAGAGAUGAAGCUAAAAAAUUGUACUCCUUGUAUAUUGUUCAAAAACCUGAUAUUUGUGAUGAGCUUGGAGAUGAGCUUGUUAAAUCAUUAGUUAAGAAAAUACAAACUGAUCCAGUAGAUGAAACAUGGUUUGAUGAAGUUCAAAAUACAUUAUACAAGGGGCUAUUAAAGCCGGAAAAGGGGAUUAUAUCUGGAUUUGGUAAACAUGAGUCUUGUUCAAGAUUGAUAUCGGAUUUGGAAAUGAAAUCACUAGGUUCAGAAGACAUUUAUGAACCGGAAUUAGCAAUUCCUGCAUCUGAUUUUCUUAUACCAAUGGACGCUGUACAACAGCUCUUAAAAGGGACUGGAGAUAAAGUUAGUGAUUUUCUCUCUGGUGGUAAAGCUUUAAAUCCUAGUCAAUCAGAAGAAGACAAAUCAAUAUUAUCUGCCGAUAUUAUUGAAACUGGACUUGUACACGAGGGUGGCAAAACAUUUGGUGUCUAUGCUGUAUCCAUAACUAGAGUGUACAUGUCUGGGAAAGAAGAGAAUUGGCAUGUUUAUAAACGAUAUUCUGAUUUUUAUGAUCUCUAUCAAAGAGUGAAAGAUAGGUAUCCAGAACUUGGUAAACUAUCAUUUCCAGCUAAAAAAACAUUUCAUAAUGCUGAUAGACGGGUAUUAGAAAAGCGUAUGAUGAUGCUCAAUCAGUUUAUACACAAUUUGCUGAAAUCUUCAACAGUUGUUAACUAUCCAGGAAUACAAACAAUGGUUGAACAGUUUCUUGAACAAAGGCCUGAAGAUAAGAAAGCAUUAUUAUCGGGUCAUCUAGUUAAGACUGUUGAUAAUCUUUUGUUCAACCCGUUGAAAGCCGUGGGAAACGUUGUUAAAACAGUACCUGAUAAUAUAUUUAACACAGUGGAUGGUGUAAUGGAUAAUAUAAGCAAAGUACUUGGUCCAUCCAAACCCACUGUGAAUAGAAUUAUAGUGGACGAAGAUGAUGACAACAUGCCCAUGCGUGCAGUAUUAUUAUUAUUAACUGAAGUAUUUGAAGUCGAUGAACAGCAACAAUGGCUACGGAAAAGAUUUGUCAUGUUAUUACAGCAUAUUAUUAGAGCUUCAUUCGGUCAUGUUGUUAACAGAAGAUUCAAAGAGUAUGUGGCAACAGUAACUGACCCUUAUAGGGUAUCAUUAUUAAUUGCUGCGAUCAAAAAUUCAUUAUGGCCAGAAGGUGUACGAGCUACAGAAGUGCAAUUUCGAGACACUGAAGUACAGCUUAGAACACUCGUGGCUGCUAAAUGUGCACUUAUGUCUUCUGUAUCAGACGAAUUGAAGCAUUUAAUGGGUAGUGAAGUUACUAGACGUGGAAUUUAUUUGGCUGUAGUCAUGCUCCAACACAAAACUCUUAACAAACGUCUAGCAUACGUUUUGACCAGUGCUUGUAUUUUAUUGAUUUUUCCAAGUUUCAGUGGGCUGAUCGAUAAAUUACAUAAAAAUCCUCCUAUACUUAAUAGGAAUUAAUUAUCUUUUUUUUUAUAUAACAAAAUAAUUUGUUAA